AUGUCAGAGGCAAAAGCGCGUUCGAAACCGUCUUCAGCUAUGGCAACAACAGCUCUAGUCAAAUCCACAAAGGUUUCACAGCCUCGAUCAAGUAACCGCCUUGGAUCCUCUGCCAGUCCUAAUAAGCUGGUAUACGCUUACAAGCAUCAGGCAUCACCCAUCAUUUCUUUACAAACACCAAAAGAAUCUAAAGAAUCGUUUGAAAUGCAUGCCACACACAGUGAUAUGAACAUUACAGAUUCACAAUCAACAAAACCGCAUUUUGAACAGAUCGAUCUGUCUGAUACUAAUGGAGUAGCCUCAAACACGCAGCAGGCACCAUCAAUCAAAGGAUCAGCAAGACUUGAGGAAAAUGCAAGUAUAUUGCCAUCGAGCCAUCCGAAUAUCAAUGCUCAUCCACCGGUAUCGACUAGCUUGAGUGUGGAUCAGACACAAUCGCAUUCAUAUCUCCAACUUUCUUCAACACUGGAAAAACGAUCUGUAACUCGGCCAACCAGUGCUAGUGUACAGAAACAAAAAGGCUAUAGUUUAUUGCAGCGACCAGAUGGGAUCUCGUCAGGAGCGAUUCCGUUGGCGUCCAUGAAUAGCUUAAAUAUGGGAAAACAGACUCUUGGAUCGUCAGUAUCUAAACAAGCAAGCAAUAGUAUCCAGCAACAGACAUCGAGUCAGUCCUCACGACAACAGAAACUAAGCCAAGUCCCGGCUAACAAGAGUGUUCUCAAAACAGGAAACGCAUCUGUAUCUGCCAAUUCUAUUGCAACCAAGUCAUCAAGGCCUGUGUCUGCCAUCCAUUCAGACACAUCUACAGCCUCUGCUUGGUCCAAGAGAUAUACUACUGCUGGUCCAGAAAUAUCGAUUACUCAACCCAUCCUGGAAUAUGCUUCGGAGCAGCCGGCCGAAACCAACAUUGGUAUUCUGCAAGAUUCGACCCAGCGACCAAAAACAUCCCCAGCUACGUUUGGAAUGGGUACGUUGAUCGAAGGAGAAGCAGAUCAGUUUAAUGAUGGAUCCAUGUCUACACCUGUAUUGGGCGAGGCAGGCACUCUCAAGUCUCGUCCGUCUAGUUCUGCCUCGACUCAAGGACAGUCGACAGCCAUGUCAAAAAAACCUCUUGUUACGAGACCUACCUCAUCUCGAUCUCGCCAGCCUAAUGCAGAGCAGUCUGCACAAGAUGAUCUUGUCAAGUCUCUUCGCGACCAGAUCUCUCAGCACCAACACGACAAGAGAGAACUCACAUCGACCAACCAAUCCCUGAUGGAUAAGACUACAGUUCUUGAAAAGCGAGUCAAAGUACUUGAACAGCACGAGCAGCAUUUAAUCAAAGAAAAGGAAUUGGCACUUCGGGAUUUAGAAAACCAUAGGCGUGCUGGAGCAGGUGAGCGCACAAGUGUGGAUACACUUCGUGCACAAAUUGCUGAAGAGCGGGCACAAAACGCAUCGCUGAUUGUUCAUAACCGCUCGCUCAAAACACAAAUCUACGAGCUUGAAACAGUAAUAGAGACAUUAAUGCAAACCGCACCACCAGAUGCAGCACGGCAGGCAGCAGCGGCACUCAAAGGUAUCUCCUAA